AUAGACGAGCCAAUAAAUAAAGAAAAUAAUAAUAAUGAUAUAAAGAAAAAAAUUUAAUUCAGCUCUCACUCUUACCAUUCUCGUUAUUGCUUCCUUCUCUGUCUCUCCCUCGACACAUAUAUAUAUAUACGGAGCUUCGCUACUUCGCUCCAAACAGUCUUUGUAAGGUUCUGAAGAGACUGUUCCUUCUUCUUUCUUCUUCGCCGCCUAUUCCUUCAGCUUGAAUACAUGGGAAGCUACUGCGGCGGCUGGUGGUGGCGGACGGGGCUGUGGGCCGCCGUUGUGUUGGCGGCGGCGGCGGUGGUGGCCGGAGGGAAUGUGACGUACGAUGGGAGGUCGUUGAUAAUCGACGGGGAGAGGAAGGUUCUGUUUUCUGGUUCCAUUCAUUAUCCAAGGAGCACUCCCAAGAUGUGGGAAUCUUUGAUUGGAAAAGCCAAGGAAGGAGGGAUCGACGUUAUUGAGACCUACGUUUUCUGGAACCUGCAUGAGCCCAAACCUGGACAGUAUGAUUUCAGUGGAAGAAAUGACUUGGUGAAGUUCAUAAAGGAGGUCCAGGCCCAAGGCCUUUAUGCCUGCCUUCGUAUUGGGCCGUUCAUUGAGAGCGAAUGGACUUAUGGAGGACUCCCUUUCUGGCUGCAUGACGUCCCUGACAUUGUCUACAGAACUGAUAAUGAGCCCUUUAAGAAAUACAUGCAAAACUUCGUUACGAAAAUAGUGGACAUGAUGAAGGCGGAGAGUUUGUACGCUUCACAAGGUGGCCCGAUAAUCUUAUCACAGGUAGAGAACGAGUAUGGAAAUGUAGAAGCAGCAUUCCAAGAGGAAGGGAAAGCAUAUGUGGAGUGGGCAGCCAAAAUGGCCGUUGAUCUCCAAACUGGAGUACCCUGGGUGAUGUGCAAGCAACCUGAUGCUCCUGACCCUGUGAUAAACUCAUGCAAUGGGAUGAGAUGUGGAGAAACUUUCGCAGGGCCGAACUCCCCAUCCAAGCCAGCACUUUGGACAGAGAAUUGGACAUCCUUCCUACAGCGGUAUGGAGAGGAAACAUACCUCAGAUCGGCUCAAGAUAUCGCCUUCCACACCUUGCUCUUCAUCAUUGCCAAAAAUGGAAGCUUUGUCAAUUACUACAUGUAUCAUGGAGGGACUAAUUUCGGAAGAAGUGGAGCAGCAUACAUGGUGACACAGUACUAUGAUCAAGCUCCUCUUGAUGAAUACGGUUUGAUCAGAGAACCAAAAUGGAGCCAUCUUAAAGAGAUGCACGCCGCAGUUAAAUCGUGCUCUUCAACUUUACUAAAUGGAGUCCAGACAAACAUCUCCUUGGGGCAGCUUCAACAGGCUUAUGUUUAUGAAGACUCAACAGCAGAGGGGAACAACUGCGCAGCAUUUCUAGUCAACAACGCCACAACCGAUGCAACAGUUGAGUUCAGGAAUGCGAAGUUUGAGUUGCAACCUAGGUCAAUUAGUGUUCUACCUGACUGUGAAAAAGUAGCCUUCGAUACAGCCAAGGUUAAUGCAGCAAUCAGCAACCGAAUAGCAACGACAAGCAAGACUCUGAAUGGCGCAGAGCAUCAAUGGGAAGAAUACAGAGAGGCCAUACCUACUUUCUCAGACACUACAAUGCAAUUUAAUCAGAUAGAGGAGCAAACAAAUAUAACCAAGGAUUCCACAGAUUAUCUAUGGUACACGUUGAGCUUUCAACCAAAUGCAACCUCUUGUACAGAACCAAAACUGCAAGUGAAAUUCCUCUCACACCUUGUUUAUGCUUUUGUCAACGGAGAAUAUGCAGGAUCAGCUCGUGGGAAUUCAACCGGUCAGAGAAAUGCUGUCUUGGUCGAAGCACCAAUCUCACUAAGUGAAUCGAAGAAUGAUGUUUCUAUACUAAGUGUUAUGGUGGGACUAUGGGAUUCUGGACCUUUCAUGGAGAAGAGAUAUGCUGGAUUAACUGAAGUAGAAAUCCAAUGCAAAGAGAAUACAUACAAUGUCACUAGUUAUGAAUGGGGAUACCAGGUUGGUUUUCUAGGAGAGAGCUUAGGAAUAUACACACAAGAGAAUACAGAUAAAGUCAAAUGGAAUCCACUCUCUGAUUCUUCAUCAGCAAACAAUGACCCAUCACCCAGAUGGUUUAGAACAACAUUUGAUGCACCUAAGGGAGAUGAGCCAGUGGCACUGAACCUAACCAGCAUGGGAAAAGGCCAAGUAUGGGUAAAUGGAGAGAGCAUUGGGCGAUAUUGGAUGACAAUUAAAACAAAGCAAGGAAAUCCUUCUCAGACAAUGUACCAUAUUCCUAGGGAGUUCCUAAACACUACAGACAAUUUACUGGUAAUACUGGAAGAAUCCAAUGGGGAUCCGCUCCAAAUUACAGUCAGUACCAUAUCAACGACCCAAUUGCUAAACCCAAAAUCAAGAUAUUCAACUAUCAGAUGAUUUUUCCCCUUAUUGGUUUAAUAUACGUUGCUUAUGCUUUAGGUACUAGUGAUAGAGUUAUUAUUGUUAGCUUGAUGCAAUCAAGGAAAAUUAGUAUAUUGCAAAUACUUCAUAUUCUUUGUAGACCUGAUUGGUCAGGACAAAUCAGUCAAAUAUUACAGGCUAAGAAGCUUUAUCAAUUACAAUAGAUGAAGGAAAUGAUUGAUGCAAUUUAGGCUUUCUGUGAUUCUUACUGUCUUGGUCUAUCAUCAUUCAUCACUACCCUUAAGAAACCCCACCAAGACAGUUUCAAGUUUGAAGCAGGCCGCAUUCACGCAAUUACUCGGGACGAGAAUUCAGUAAAAGAGUAGCAUGCUUACAUGUUGAUGGUGUUUGCAACUUUUGUAAUCAACUUUUGCCCAUCAAAGAUUCCAUAAGAGCAGC